AUGCUUCUUGACAUCACCCGCAAGCUCCUGGCGCGGUCAGAUAGGGUCAAAUCAGUCGACUUUCACCCUACCGAGCCUCAUGUCAUUUGCGGUCUCUACAAUGGACAGGUCAAGAUCUGGAACUAUGAGACUCAGACCGACCUGAAGACGUUCGAAGUCACCGACGUCCCAGUACGAUGCGUCAAGUACAUCGCCCGGAAGAACUGGUUCGUCUCUGGAUCCGACGACUUUCAACUACGCGUCUACAACAUCUCGACCGGCGAAAAGAUCACCUCGUUCGAGGCUCACCCCGACUAUAUCCGAUGUCUGACCGUCCACCCGACGCUCAGCUUGGUAUUGACCGGAAGUGACGACAUGACCAUCAAGUGCUGGGACUGGGACAAGGGAUGGCGAUGUGUCCAGAUCUUUGAAGGACACACCCACUACAUUAUGGCGCUCGCGAUCAACCCGAAAGAUCCGCAGACGUUCGCGUCGGCCUGUUUGGAUCACACCGUCAAAGUCUGGUCGCUUGGGAAUCCCGUCCCGAACUUUAGUUUGGACGCGCACGAGAAGGGCGUCAACUAUGUGGACUAUUACCAUGGCGGGGACAGGCCGUAUAUUGUGACGACGGGUGAUGAUCGACUGGUCAAGAUCUGGGACUAUCACUCUAAAUCCUGCGUCCAGACGCUCGAAUCCCAUACCGCCAAUGUCUCGUUCGCAAUCUUCCACCCCUCCCUCCCUAUCCUUCUUUCCGGCUCCGAAGACGGCACUGUCAAGAUUUGGCACUCUUCAACUUACCGCCUGGAAACGACACUCAGCUAUGGUCUCGAGCGGGCAUGGUGUGUCGCCUACAGGAGAAGCGGGAAUGAGGUGGCUAUUGGGUACGAUGAGGGUGCUGUGGUCGUCAAGCUUGGACGCGACGAGCCCGCAGUAUCGAUGGACACUUCUGGAAAGAUUGUCUAUGCGAGAAAUACCGAAAUUCUGACCGCGAACGUCUCCAACGUCGGCGCUGAUGGCGAAACUGUCGAAGAUGGACAACGCCUCUCCAUCCCCCUUCGCGAUCUCGGAACGACCGAAGUCUACCCUCAAUCCCUCCAGCACAGCCCGAACGGCCGAUUCGUCACUGUCUGCGGCGACGGCGAGUACAUUAUCUACACUGCUCUUGCCUGGCGAAACAAGGCGUUCGGCUCGGGCACGUCAUUCGCGUGGGCGACCGACUCCAACACGUACGCCGUGCAGGAGGGCAAGUCCAAGAUCCGCGUGUACCGCAGCUUCAAGGAACGGCCGGGAUUCAUCAAGUCUUCGGGAUCCUGGGCGGUCGAAGGUGUACAUGGCGGACCUCUCCUCGCUGCAAGGGGGAACGGAUUCGUCAUGUUUUGGGACUGGGAGACGGGAGCGAUUGUCAGGCGGAUCGAAGUGGACGCGACCAACGUCAGCUGGUCCCAGUCUGGCGAGCUCGUCGCUAUCACCGCCGAGGAUUCGUUCUAUAUCCUCAGAUUCGAUCGGGAGGCGUACAAUGCCCGGCUCGACUCGGGCGAGAUGAUCGGGGACGAGGGCGUCGAGGAGGCUUUCGAUGUCGUGGCGGAUAUCUCGGAAUCUGUAAAAACCUGCAAAUGGGUCGGAGAUUGCUUCAUCUAUACCAACGCCAGCAACCGCUUGUCGUACCUUAUCGGGGACCAGCCGCACGUCAUUAAUCACUUUGACCAGGGCAUCUACCUCCUCGGCUACCUCCCUGCGCACAACCGGAUUUAUGUCACCAACAAGGAUAUGAGCAUCAUGAGCUACUCGCUCAGCCUCGCUGUCGUCGAGUACCAGUCGGCGAUUCUGCGCGGGGACAUGGCGGCUGCGGAGGGGCUCUUGGAGACUAUCCCGGCGGAACAGCGGAACAGGGUCGCGAGGUUCUUGGAGGGUCAAGAUCUUAAGGAGCUUGCUCUGUCGGUCUCUACGGAUCCGGACCACCGAUUCGACCUCGCUAUAUCCCUCAACGACCUCGAGACUGCCCUCACCCUCGUUCGAGAAGCGCCCGAAGCCGGCUCCCAGGCCAAGUGGAAGCUUGUCGGCGACAAGGCAUUGUCGGCCUGGCAGAUGGACCUCGCACAAGAGGCCUUCGAAAAAGCAGGCGACCUCCCCGCUCUGCUCCUCCUCUUUACAUCACUCUCGGACCGGUCUGGCAUGGAACGCCUCGCCAAGCUCGCUCUCGCGCGCGGACAGAACAAUAUCGCCUUUGCGACAUUCCUCCAGCUCGGCGACUCGGCGUCCUGCAUUGAUUUGCUCAGCAAGACGGGUCGACUGCCCGAAGCUGCGCUGUUUGCCCGGACGUAUGCGCCCCACCUGGCAGCUGGAGUGGUCAAGGCGUGGAAGGCGGAGCUGGUCGAGGCGGGAAAGCAAAAGGUGGCCGAGACGAUUGCGGAUCCCGAGGAGGAUGGGGAGUUGUUCCCUGAGCGCGAGCGCGAGACGUCGGGGAAUAGCAAUAGCGAGGGGAGCGGGGUGAUGGUCGAGAAGGCGGACGUGGAGAUGGAGGACCCAGCGCCAGCGGAAGAGGAAGCGGGUGCGCAGGGGGUGGUCGAGGAGGUCAAGGAGAAGGUCAAGGAGACGGUUGUUGAGCCGGUCGAGGGGCUGGUGGAGAAGGUCAAGGAUUUGGUUGUUGGAGAAACAAAGGAGGCCGACAUACCUGCGGAAGCACCGGCACCAUCUGGCGGAGGCAAGAAGAAGGGGGGCAAGAAGAAGUAG